UGCAAGGUGGUGUAAGAGCUGUGUUUUUGGAGCAAGCAUCACAAAAAUCGCUACUGGAGUAUUUUAUGACAACAAAUGACUGAAACGUAAACACGACGAUGUUUCCGGCUGCAGAUGAAUAUCUGAUGAAGGCUUUGGAUCAUUUCAGGGAGGCAUUUUAGCACUGAAAUGUGUUUUGUUUACCCUGUCAAAUGGUCGUGUUAUAGUUUCCGGAUUUAAAUCUGGUUUUAUUAGCAACAUUACGCCUUAACAGACAUUUAUAUCAAUAUCUUUGAAUUUAAUUUAUGAUUACGAUGUAAGAUUUUGAUCCUAUACCCACUGUAGCUGCCAGGGACGUGAACUUACUAUAACAAUUAUUAAUUGUAACCUAUUGUAAGGUUUCAACAAAAGUAAAGCGUGUUUCUCGUAUGACAUACAUGCCGAAUUAAAUACUUUAUUUGUCUCGUACAUAAUUAAUCUUAAUAUAGAAAAUAGGAGGCAUUGAUUUGUAAUUAAAUCCAAAUUAUUUUAAAGCAGAGUAUUUUUGAAUGCGAUUUGGCGGUGUGAGCAGUAGCAGCACAGCCAGGACUGUUUCCUGCUACACUGAUGCGACAAUCUUCCAGUCAAAUCUGCUAAAGCAAUGGCGUACAGAAGACUCACAAGCCUUCUUCCUAGAGGAAGGGAUUGCAUUCCCUGUAUAGAAAAAUCUCUCCCUGUGAUCACCCAAACUGCUCAUGAAUCUGCUAUCCAUCACUUUGGGAGAGGCAAAAGGACUCUUCACACAGGUGUACCAUUGAUGAUGAAGCUGCUUUCGGUGGAUGAGCUUUUUGCAAAGAAAUCUCUGCAGCAGUACCUGAAGAAUAUGGAAACAGAGUACAGCAAGUGUUUACAAGGGGUCAGUGAUAAUCUGACAGAAGAUCCGUGUAGUGAAGGUAAAAUGAGGGCCAAGAGGACCACAGUAAUGAAGCUGGCUCCUCUCAUUCAGAGCAUCAGAGAUCUGGAGAAAAAACAGAAAGAGAUCGUGGAGACUGACGUGCUCUUAAAGGAUGAAGAUCUAGCCUUGAGAGAACUGGCAGAGCUCGAGAAAGAAGGCUGUUUGCAAGAUAUUCAGGACCUGAGACUAACGAUCCUAGAUAGGUUGAUCCCAGAGGAGGAGGCCGACCUAAGUGACCUCGUCCUGGAGGUAACGGCAGGUGUUGGUGGUCAGGAGGCCAUGCUGUUUACUGCUGAGGUGUUUGACAUGUACCAGGGCUUUUCUCAGCACCAUGGUUGGUCCUUCGACGUCCUGGAGCACAUGACUAGUGAAAUCGGUGGGCUACGUCAUGCUUCAGCCAGCAUCAGUGGUCAUCAGAGCUACAAGAGGAUGAAGUUUGAAGCUGGAGUCCAUCGAGUUCAGAGGGUCCCCAAGACUGAAAGGCAGGGACGGAUGCAUACAAGCACCAUGACUGUGGCUGUGCUGCCCCAACCCACCGAGAUAUCUUUCACAAUAAACUCAAAGGACCUGAGGAUAGAAACUAAGAGAGCGAGUGGGGCUGGAGGUCAACACGUCAACACAACAGACAGCGCCGUCAGAAUAGUUCAUCUUCCAACAGGUGUGGUUGCUGAGUGCCAGCAGGAGCGAUCUCAGCUGAAGAACAGAGAGAAAGCCAUGAAGGCUCUGAGAGCAAAGCUGUACGGCAUGAAGCUGGAGGAGGAGACCAGCAAGCGCUACAAUCAGCGCAAAAUCCAGAUUGGCACCAGGGGCAGAUCAGAGAAGAUCCGGACCUACAACUAUCCCCAAGACCGAAUAACAGACCACCGCAUUGGGAUGACAGUGCACGACGUCAAAGGCUUCCUGCUAGGAGAGGAUCUGCUGGACGAGGUGAACCUGUCGUUGCAGGACUUCUCCAAUCAGGAAGCGCUCAUGGAGCUGCUGGAUGACAGCUGCCAGGAUGACUCAUAAAUUUGGGCCUAACAGAGACAAACUUCUUGUUGCAUGUUUAUGUGACGUUCCAGAGUUAUGGUACUGGUAAUCCCUGCUCUGUUUCAAGUUUGGAAGUAAAAUCUGUGAAAGAGAAAGACCACAACACACUGAAAAUGAGGACGGAGUGCUCCUCGAAGAUUGUGAACCUCGGCUGCAGAUAUUCAUACUUUGAAACACUCAAAAACUUUUAAGCUUUCAGGUAACUGAUAAUCUCUGCUAUUAAACUGGAGAAAACAUUUUUGGCAAGGACUAACUACAAGAAUUCAAUCUGCAGUUGUUCAUCUCUUCGACUGUGAGAGAGGCCUUUUGAGAAAUGAGACGAGGAAAAGAAACAUUUCCUUGGAAAUACAAGAUUGACGUAUUAAAAUUGAAUGUAAUCAUCGAACAAA